AUGCGACCCAAUCUAUGCGAGGACAUCUAUCAUGAGAUCCUAAUUCACAUUCAAGAUUCCGUCGAAUUGUACAAGUGCUUAUUUGUCAGUCGUCUCUGGUGUAGAAUAACCGUACCCCUACUUUGGAAGAAUCCUUUUGAAAUAUCGCCUUGCAAAAAACAUGACCUCAUAAUGAGAACCUACAUUUCAUGCUUAAACGACGAAGAACUUGCGAG